AUGAGGCUGGAAGAUGAGCGCAAAAUUUUGAUGGGCUCCGGAGACCCCCAAGAAGAGGAAGAGGAGGAGGAAUUAGUGGAUCCCUUAUUAAAAGUGAGAGAGCAAAGUGAGCAACUGGAGAAAUGUGUAAAGGAUUGGGAACAGUUAGAGCUAUGUGAUUAGCAUGUAUUAUCUAGGUCCAGAAGAGAGUGCACCAAGGAGCACUUUGACUUCUUGCAUGCACAGGAUCACCGUGUGACUCACAAACUCUUCAGCAGCUUGAAGUAAAUGUGCAAAAGACUUAUUUACCCUAGUUUUCAACUUGGGUGUCAGGAUAUUUCCUUAUGGUUUUGAACAUGCCAUUUGUUUCUUACUUGAAUAAGUGUAUGUGAACCUCAUGGAUUUGGAGAUAAGCAAGUAACUCCUGUGUAAUUAGCAGUGAUUCCAACGUAAUAAAUUCCAGUAAUGAGAAAAAAAAAAGAA